AUCCCCUAUUGCCCGGGGGCCCCAUGAGUUUUCAGUCUGCCCCUGCCUCUGAGGACUCAUCCACCUUACCAUCCGCUCAGUUUCCACCACCUUUCUCUGCCAAUUCCUCCACUGGGCUGUAUUCAGUGUCCUCCAGUCCUCUGCCAAUCCCUCCAUUGGUUUCCAUUCAGUGUCCUCCACCUCUCUCUGCCAUUCAGCUUCCUCCACCCCUCUCUGCCAAUCCCCCAUUGGUUUCCCUUCCACGUUCUCCACCCCUCUCUGCCAAUCCUUCCAUUGGCUUCCCUUCCAUGUCCUCCACCCCUCUCUGACAAUCCUUCCAUUGGCUUCCCUUCCACGUCCUCCACCCCUCUCUGCCAAUCCCUCCAUUGGCUUCCCUUCCACGUUCUCCACCCCUCUCUGCCAAUCCUUCCAUUGGCUUCCCUUCCAUGUCCUCCACCCCUCUCUGACAAUCCUUCCAUUGGCUUCCCUUCCACGUCCUCCACCCCUCU